AUGUCUGAACAAAAAAAUAACAAUAACCUUGAAUUGACGUCUCCAAAAUCCAUUCUAAAUGAUAAAUGGGAUGUUGUAUUGUCUAAUAUGUUGGUCAAAACGGGUCUAGGCUUCGGUGUAGGUGUGGUCACUUCGAUCCUAUUAUUUAAACGUCGUGCUUUCCCUGUAUGGCUAGGUAUUGGAUUUGGUGUGGGCAGAGGCUAUUCAGAUGGCGAUGCUAUCUUCCGUUCUGCUGCUGGUUUAAGAUCAACGAGGAUAUAA